AUGUCCUCCUCCUCACCUAUUUCUUACUCAUUCGACGACAAAGACCUCGACGACGCAGCAUUGUGGGCCGUAAUUGAUUCGGCGGAGGCCUCUCACUCUUCCUCCAAGUCUCGCAAAUACUCCAACUUCCAAUCUCCACCGCCCAAACCCUCUCCACCUCCUCCUCACAGAUCCCAUCUUAAUAAUAUUUCCCCUAAUUCCGAUCCCUAUCGCCGCCCUCAUAAGAUAGUCAGAUCCUGCGCUUCCCCCUCCUUCGUAAGCGAAAGCACCAGCAGCCCUCUCCCUGUGGUUAGGACUCCGAUUCUCAAAACUUUGCCGUAUUACUCUCCUGAGUCAUAUUUGUCACCGCACAUCGGAUCGGAAGUUUCUCCCGUGGCCGUGGAGAAGGAGGAGAAGGAUGCUAUGAUGAGGCAUUGCCUGAGUGGAAGGUUUCCAACCGUUUCUCUUUUUAAAGACUAUCAGAAUGCAGCUAUGGCGAUUUUGGAGAAAUCUGAUUUCACCAUGAUUUCUGGGAAUCCUUUCAUUAAAAAGUCAGGUUGGAGGAAGAUAUCAUUUUACUUCAAUCUCUCCUAUGAAAUCAAAGACAAGACCAUUGAAUUUGAUGAUAACCGAAAUGUUCAGCGUGCAGAAUUUGUGGUUCGGGCCUAUAUGCAGGGUGGUAGAUUCUCUGAUGGAUGGGGUUCAUGUGAGCGGCGUGAGAAGAGAUUCUUAAAACCAAAUCAUGAUAUCCCAAGACCUUCUUGGAAUAGGAGAAUAUCGUCCUGGUGCGAACCAGUUUCACCAGAAAGUAUAGCCAUGCAUUGUACCCAAUAG